AGUCGCGCGCUCGUCUCGCUGACGCCGCAGCUGCUGCCAAUCUGCAGCCUAAAAGUCUGCUGCGCAGCGUGUGACCUCCUACAAAGAAACUCAAGCUAACAAAGUGUCGUCCCAAAAGCACGACGGCGACACUUCGGAGUAGUGUUGUUCCCUUCUCGCUCUGCAGCCCAUGUUGCACUUCUGCAUGCGACAACGUGACACCCCUUCCCUGUCUGGAGAGAAGCGAGAACCGUUAGCGUGUUGCCAUGGAGCGCAUCAGCCUCUGCUGCCAGGUCUGCCUCACCACAUUUGACCAGGUGUCUAAAUUGAAGGCGCAUGUGUUCUCACAAAGACAUAAACAGAAAAGCGCAAUAGUCUUCAACCAAGAUGUUAUGAAGGGUUCAGGCAUCUUUCCAUUCAUUACGUUGAUCAAUCAGUGGCCCAAAGGAGACAUCAGACAACCCAUCUUAGGCUUGACCUUGUGCUUUAGUCUAAAGAUGCAUGGAUCCUUUUACUUGUGCCACGUCUGUGAGGAAACGUGUCCAUCAGACAUGAUUGUAUUCCACCUCUCGAGUAUUGACCAUUGCAGAAACUACUUUAGCCACACAAACCCGAAUGCACUGAGGUUCUCCUGGAUCCCCAGCAAGAUGGUGGAAAGCGUGUUUAGGCCCGAGUUCACACGGGAAGUAAAGAAAAGCGGCGGACAACUACAGCUGUUUGAAUUACCUAAAGGUCUGUUGGAAAAGCUUAAAACAAGAACCUACUCUGAAGUGAUGCGCGUACUCCGUGAAAAUGAAAAGCUUCUCGAGCUGCUUGAAGCUGUCAAGCCAAAGCAGAUGAUGAUACAAACAUACCAAAAAGACCUCCAAAGAGAACAUCCACUUCUUGGAUUGCAGCACCUUGUUGAAUGCAUUUGUUUCGGGAAGAUCGAGAAGAGACACUACCUCUGCACUCUCUGCCACCUGACUUUGGCCGCCCAUGCGAUCGUCCAACACGUCCUGAGCUUUGACCACAUCUUUUGUUACUUUAGAGCGUGGCACCCGUCUACUUUGCUGGCAAAGGAAAUCUACAAGGAUUACACUCAGUUCUUUGCCUACAUGAUGCUUGAUUUUGCAAAGCAGGCGGAGCAGAUUCAUGGUACUGCACUUGCUGAUUUGACGCAAGUGAGACUGGAGCCGACCAAAUUCGAAUCAGUGAAUUUCACUUGUUAUGCAGAUGCUUUGAAGGAACUGGAAUCCAUAAGGAAGGAAAACAAGGAGAGCAGCUUGAUUGCAAUUGUAACACCAGGAAACAAGCUGGCUUUGAAGGAACCGCAAUCCAUAAGAAAGGAAAACAAGGAGACACCAGGAAACCCGUUGGAGUUUUCUUCUGGAUUGUACACACUUCGCUGUCAGAACUGCAGGAUGAGUUUUCUGAACAUGUCUCAAUAUUGCAGCCAUUUGUCAAACUACAAACACAAACUGCGGGUGAAGACAUUCUUUGGGGGAGGUGCUGAUAGUUCAGACCAAAGAGAAUGGACACCCAGUCUGGACUUAUACAAACUCGUCAAGAACAUGAGGCUAAAUCAACCACUUGUUGGCGUUCCCCUGGUUGUGACGUGUGUCUGCUCUCUGGUGCAAGAGGACCCCAUUUACUUGUGCUUUGCUUGUCAGGACUGUUUCACUGAGUCUUUUCUCAGACAACACUUUGACUCUCAUAAACACCUCAUAAACACGUUGCUGUACCAGAAUCCCUGGAGGCUGACACUUGGGUGGGAGCAUCGUCUGGACGUGAAUGACUUGCGUUCAAUGGCUUGGGAAGAACAGAAGGAAAGACCACAUCAGAUGAUGCUGAAGAUAUUUGACAUGCCAAACAGCAUGAUUCAGAGACUCUUCACACUUAGUUUCCCAAAAGUGAUGGAGUGUCUUAGUCUACAACAUAUUAUCUUAAAGCGUGACGUUCCACCUUGUGAAACGUACAGUAAACUCAAAGAAAACAACAGAUUUCCUCUACUAGGAAGACAGUUCCUGGUCAUUCACGAAGUGUGUGUCUUAGGGCAACAGCCCACAGCGGCAUUCCUGUGUCUGCUCUGUCAGAGGAGGUUGUCAGAGGAGGAAUUUUAUGCUCACGAGUUCAGUCGGAAUCACAUUGCAACAUUUAUAGACCGUUUCCAUCCAGGCUCUCUGGAGUCGAGCUCUGAUGACGAAAGCUUGUUGGACUUGGCAAAGCAGGCAGGACGCCAUCACUCCAUAUCACAUGUGCAGGUAAUAAAGUUGAAGAAGCCCAUCUCGGAGCCAUGCACCUACUCUUGUGCAUUAUUCAUCCUGUCAUCUGCAAAUAAGGGAGAGUGGAAAACAAAACUGGAUCCACCAAUAAUUCCCAAAAUGAAGCUGGUCCCCAGAAAAAAACUGAAGGAUGAGGACAAGGACCACGUGAAAGACAACGUUCAGAAAAACAGCAGGAUGACGGAGUGUUUGGAAACGACGAGUCAAACAUCUACCAACAACAGUCAGACUGUAGAAGUCGGUGCUAAAGUCACUGAUGCACACAGUCUGAAAAGUGAAGAAGAUGCAGAAAAGGGAGAGGACAAAGGGUUCAAAACGAGUUCAGAAGAUACUCAGCAAAGUGAGACGUGCCAGGCGAUAAAGGAGGAGGAAAUGUCUACAGCGAGCAAACCCAGUGGGGAGUCCACAGAAAACAGCCAGAACACGGACAAAAAUGAGAUCGGAAAUGAGAGAAUCGAAAGCCGUGAAGAUGUCUUGACUCAGAAGAGGGAAAUCUCACAGAAGGACACCUGUCCUGUGGAGGCUGAAAGGCAAGAAAAUAACCAUAAACAGCAGCGGUUCCCCUUUAAAGAAGAACCCCAAAACCUGCCGAUCAGCGGGCAAAAAGAGGUGACCACUAAUUACAAGGGAGAACGUGGAAAACCAAGUCACAAGACGGCAAAGGACCACGCGUCCUGUAAGGCGGACCAGCAACAAGCAGAUCAACUGUGGCAGUAUGUCAAGAGGAAGCGCAGAGAGCCUGUGGUCGGCUUGGGUGCACUUCUGGAAUGCAGUUGUGCUGAGCAUGAACUCAUCUACCUCUGUAUGUGCUGCUCCCUGAAGAUCCCAGAGAAGGACAUAAUCAGCCAUGUUAUCGGAGUUGACCACCAGAAGAUGUAUCUGGUGGGCUUGCAGAAAAUCCCACCUCCACCAGGGAUGCACCAGGGGAAGACAAUGAGACACUUUGCUUCUCUGUUUGAACGAGAACAUGGAUAUGGAGAAGCUCAGGUUGUUGAGCUGGAUGAUGAGAUUUACAAUAACCUCUCAAAACAAGACUUUGAUUCAGUCAUUCAGACAUUGAAAGUUCAGGAUCAGAAGAACAGUGGCCAUGCACUCCCUUCAACCUCAGCGCUGCCUGGUGUUCAACCUGUGGACACCAUAGUCACCCUUCGUGCUCAGCACAAGGUGAUGAGCAUUGCGAUUGAUGAUUCAGAAGACUCUGAGUCACAGUCAUCUUCAGUAACUAUGUCUAUAAUGACUGAAAACACCUCCAAUACAACCAAAGUCCCCCCUGACUCAAAUGAAGUCCAUAUCAAAGCCUCACUCAGUCCGUCACCUAACACACUUUCCAAAAGAAGUGAGGACAAAGCUGAAAUAAUUUCAAACACAACUGUGGGACCGUUUAAAAUGGCAACUACUUCCAAAGUGGUGGGAAGAUCUGAAACUGCAGCAUCUUUAGACUCCAAAUGUACAACCAAGUCUUCCAAUUCUACUCCAGCCGCCACCAAAUCGACAGCACCUAUCUCCAAACUCAAAGCCGCCACCUCCAGCUGCAAUACAGCUAACACCAAAUCGAGAGACACUGCUUCCAAAUGUACAGCAACCAUCCCCAUCAGCACUGCAACCACCUCCACCUUGAGUGACGCCAUCUCCACGACGAUCUCCACCACAACAUCUGUAACAACGUCCAAAACACCGGAAAGCAAAACAAGAGCUGCAACUAAAGUGAGAACGGCUUCAUGUAAAGCUGCCGCUCCAUCUAAAAUCAAAUCCACAGUGGUGUUUGAAGCCUCCGGCAGGACUGAACCUGGCUUCACAACGGAAAAGCCAUCCAAAAGUUCUGAGAGCAAAUCCCAAACUGUGGUUGCGUCUCAAAUUGUGGGGAAAUCUUUUGCCACUGCUAAAAUGACUGACGCAUCAGUUGAAGGUCAACAUAUUAAAGCCUCUGUUAACACUGCUCAUAUGAAGAAUUUAGUCAGUUCAACUGCUGAUGUUGCACCAAACGCACAUAAGAGUGUUCAGGCACCUGCGGCGACCCACCUGACCAUGCCCAGAAAUCCUCCUGCAGAGCCGCCACUUAUCUGCACAAAUGAGAAGAGGCCAAGUGGAAGCUCUCCUAAAGUUGGCUUAAACCAGCUGAUUAAGGUGUCGUGUGGCCGGAGGAAGCAAGUCUACUGUCAGCUGUGUUCAGCCCGGUUGCUGAAGUCCGAACACACAUGCAGCGCUACCCACCAGCUCAACUAUGUGAAAAUGAAGUUCCCUCAAUGGACUUGCAAGCCGUCAGAGCUGGAGAGCAAAUUGCAGGAGAUGGUGAACCACUUGGCUGCGGUUGAGGGAAAUGUCGGAUCCCCAUCCUUCCCGACAGUGAAAGUGACGAUUGAUGUGUACAAGGAGCUCGCUGAUCUCUCAGCAGAAAAAGCUCUAGAAAGACUGAAAGCAAUGCUGGAAAGAGGCUUGAGGGUCUCGUCCCCCACCACAUCCAAUCCUGAGAUUUUUAGACGGCAAGUUUCCGGUUCCGAUCAACAUGAAUCUUCAAGCCCAGAUUAUGAAAGUGAAUCCAGUUCAAAAGGGGAAAGAUCUCUUGUCGUGGGCCAGUUCAACAGAGCUCAGAGUAUGGAGAGUUCAGAGCCUGAAGCCAAUGACCAGAUUCUAGACCAGCUAAAUUCAUGUUCGGUCUUGAAUCAAAAUGAGCCCAUCAGGAAUCCUUGCAUUCAAGGCGCAGGCGUAGCAGCAGCCAAAAUGGAGAAACCUCAGGGUUGUGCUCCUCCUGCCACUGACGCCCAAACUCCUGGAUGCAAAGAGACUCCCGAGUGGAGACAACAGCAGGAGAAAAGUCACCCAGAGGUACAGGACACACGGAAAGUGUUGGAAGGCUCUCGGAGAACAUCACCUGUAACAAUCUUCAACCCGGACCAGCUCUCUUCUGAUGCUACAGUGAAUACAAAACAACAGAACCAACCAAGACUCAGCCAGAAAGCAGAAAGAGCACUUCCAAUGAUUUUAUUGGGGGAAAGCACUGAGGUCUGCAGUCAUUUGUCCAUCUACUUGAAGGUGUUGGGACCGGACCGUGAACCGAUCAUAGGUAUGGACUUUGUGUGGGAGUGUCGAGGGCCAUCCUUGAAGCCCUUCUUCCUGUGUGAGAGCUGCAAGGUGAUGAUUUCCCUCAAUGACAUCUGUCAACACAUGGUCAGCAACGAUCACCAGAUCAACUUCAUUUUGGGUCAGAAAAGUCAAUUUAUGUACUUCUGGCCGGAAAGUUAUCUCCUCCAAACCCCUGAUGUGUACCUGGAGAAAUGGAUGAAAUUGGAACUUCUAAAGGACAUCGCCCAGUGUCUGUCGGAACAGGAGCGCUACGUCAAGACGGAUGCUCAGCGUAUACUGCUGGGACCGGAGCUGUAUGAACGUGUUCGGACUGCUCCUUUCAGUAAAGCUUUAGAAAUAGUUAAAAACAUCAAGAAGGAGCAGAAACUGAGCAUCUCCUGUCAACCCAGCUGUACUCUACAACGAAAGGAGCAACCAGAUCCCAGAUCCUCCGUCUCUCCGCACCAGAGGCCGAUCCCAGAGUUGCCAGUGAAGCAGGCAGGAGUGCGCUCAGAAUCCACAUCUUUCUCCGGUAGUCCUCAAACCCUGUCGGUGUCUUCCAGCGAGCAACAUCUUCCAACCAGGAAAAGACCAGCUGUUGAAUCUAUUGAAACAUUGAUGAGAUAUUGCACCAAUCACCCCAACGAUCCCACACCAGCCAAACGCAAACCCACAUACAAUGAGCCGCAGCCCAUCAUUCAGCCAAGCCACGAAUCGGUCUCUGAGUCCACUUCUGUUAACCCUGCUGCAACCUUCGCCCCCCUAACUCCUCAGGAGAAAAACACUGAACUUGGAUCUGAUGAACAAGACAUACUUGCUGUGGACUGCGCAAAGGUUGCUCGCCUAAUUGCUCUAGUGAGGGAGAGGAAGUCUGCGCUAAAUGCAUUCCGUUGCAUGUCCGCUCCGGGUAAUGGUGAGACUGCGACCUCCUGCGCUAACAAUUCAUCCAAAAGUGGGGUGCAAGGAAGAUGUGGUUCUAAGUCUGUGCAGACUACAUCUAAAAAUCCAGCCCCCGCUUACGCAUUGGAGAAGUUCAACUCCUCUCUUGAUGGCUCUACUUCAGCAAGAGACGACCUUUUGUUCUGGCCGACUGGAGCCAAAGCAGUCUGUACCAUGUUACCUUAUGCCAGCGCUGCUGACCCAAGUGACCCACAACACCAGAGACAUGUCAACGCUCAGACCACCUUUGGAAACACUAGCCAGUCCAACCCUAGUCCCAUUAACUGUGCAGUCAUCAACAGUAACGUAGGUCACAUACCACAGCCACAAGAUUACUCGGAGAACCACAGAACUGGGGCUCAUCAGUUGCCCAUUAACUCCAUCGUAACUGUCAGGUCAAACCAACCUAAACAGCAGUUUAUAGGUGGCAAUAAUGAAGAGGACCUCACUGAGCUGAACAGGGGCAGUCUGGUCACUCACAGUUUAUCCUCUGUUGCAGAAAUAUGCUCCACUGACGUUUUAGGAGGAUAUGGUCAGUACAACCAAAUGGUUUAUGUCACCAAUCGACAGUCAGGUUAUUUUUCUACUGACGCUGUUGGAAGUUACACAACACCAGGCAACCCUCCUGUACAAACUGGGAGUUCAUUUCAAUGUGAAGGGUACCCUACAGGGGGGCUCUACUUCCCAAACCAGAUUCACCCAGACCAGGAAACAACCCACCAAAGUCUACAAUCCUUUAAAGGAAACAGUUUAGAAACUCAACCGCCCACAGAAUGGGUGAGGAUGGGAAUGCAGCAGCAGCAACUUUUACUGCAGCAGCAGCACCAGCACCAGCAACUUUUACUGCAGCAGCAGCAACAAUGGCAACAUUACCAAUGAGGCUGCCUACGUAGGCGCCAUGUCAUUCACAUCCUCCUGCCGCCAACACUUAAGUCAUAUCCCAGACAUCUGCAAACUCCUUUUAUGCCUCUGGCGAAGAGUUUUUAAACUGUAGCUCCCUCUAUGGUCAACAGCCCUCACAUGUCAAUAACAAGACCACGUUUUUACUGUUGUACACCUGUUAAAUACUGCUUUGUAUCUAGUAUACAUGAUUAAGUAUAGAUGUGUGUGUGUGUGUGUACUUAAUUUUAAUUGAAGUUAAUCUGAUAUUCCGUUGGAAUUACAAGUUCAGGAUAUUAAAACUAUUUCUUGCUUUACAUAUGAAGGAUUAUUUUUCUGUACAUUUGUUUUUGUACAUUUCUAAUUUCACAUUUUCAGCAGACUGAUUUGUUGUUUUUAUAUUAUUGAUUUGUUCAUUUUAAUAAAAUUCCUGAAAAAUACAGUUAUUG